AUGGCGCGGCCGGCCGGCGGCGAGUGCUGGGAGGGCGAGGACGGGCAGUGCGAUUCCGGCAUCGAGUCCCUGCGCUCGUUGCCGGGCGGGCGGGACAACCCGGCUCCUGCCGACACCCCGACCCUCACCGAGCCGCCGACCCCCGCCGGGGAAACUCCGACCGCCGCAGGAGAGAGCCCGGCCCCCUGCGAGCCGCCGACCCCCUCCGAGGAGCGCCUGGACUCCAGCUACGGCUCCGGCGCCCUGCCCGAAGCGCUGCCGUCCGCCGAGCCGCCGCCACCGCCCGACGGCCCGAACCGGCGGCAGCUGGAGGCCCUCACCUACGUCUCGGAGGACGGUGACACGUUGGUUCACCUGGCAAUUAUUCACUGUGUCCCAGAUGUGGCACUCUGCUGCAUUGCUCAGCUUCCCAGAGAGCUGCUGGAAAUCCAGAAUGACCUUUUCCAGACUCCGCUGCACCUGGCUGUCUAUCUGGAGCAGCCCAGUGUAGUCGAGGCACUAAUCCACAAAGGAGUUAACCCUGGGCUGCAGGACCGCAAUGGCAACACCCCGCUGCACUUGGCCUGUGAGCAGCAACGCCUGCGCUGUGCCCAGCAGCUGCUGCAGGGCACAGCUGAGCCCCCUGGGCACCUCCAGGACCUACAGCUCCAGAACUGGCAAGGUCUGGCCUGUCUGCAUAUCAGCACCUUGAAGGGGAACAUCCAGAUGAUGUCCCUGCUGCUGCAGAGCGGUGCCAACAUUGAUGUUCAAGAGGGCACAAGCGGGAAGACCCCACUGCACAUGGCGGUGGAGUGCCACAACCGGAGUGCUGUCCAGUUCCUGCUGCACAACGGGGCCUACGUAGAUGCCCAGAUGUACAAUGGCUGCACCCCGCUUCACCUGGCCGUGGGUCGCAAGGAUGCUGCCAUCGCCGCCAUCCUCUCACACUCUGGGGCAGACACCCUACUGAGGAACAUGGAAAAUGAGACAGCCCAGGAUCUAGCUGAUGGCAACGAUGAUUUCCUUGCCUUGCUGCCCUUUGAUGACCUGAAGAUCUCGGGGAAGCCCGUCGUGUGCUCUGAGUGAGCAGUGGACACGUAGACCACAGAUGGCCUCCUUGCCCUGUGCUGUCACCCUGAAGCCUGCAAUGGGAAUGGAGCCAUGUGUUAUCCCUGCCUGGAGAAGAGUUUUGUGGGCUUCAGGCUGCCUUUCUGGACAGAAGGAGGUGACACUACGAGCACUACACAGGGGAGGCUGUGUUUUCAGAUUUGUGCCCAGUGGGGUCUGUGCUACAGAUCAGCAGGACUGAAUUCCGCUCCCUGCUAGGGGCCUGAACUGCAGGUGCUGCAGGCUGUCACUGACUGGGGAUGGAGCAGGAGAGGACUCUUCAUUACAGUGCACAGGGACAGAGCAUCAUCUGGCACCCCAGCCAGCAUCAGAACAAGAGUGGGUGAGCAGCUAGUGCUCACUGUAAUAAACAUUUGUUCUGGCUGCAGGUGCUCGAGCUCUCGUGUCACCCAACCUACUUCACUCCCACACAGUGUUCUCUUUUCCAAUGAGCAUGGGAAGAUCCUGACCCAGCUUGUGGCAUGGCAGGUUGAUUAGAGAACAUAGGGUUUUCCCUGGGUUCUACAGGCUGAAGUGGUGGCUGGGCUAUCUCCACAUCCUUUUAGUUCCUAGCCUCCUGUCCCUGCCUGUCUCCUGUGGGAGCAGCACAUGAUGCAGUGUGCUGGGGAACCGGCCCACUGAGGUGCUGUGUGAACAGACGCCCAUGGUGCUGACCCCACCCCAGCCAGGGAAAUUCCCCACUUGCUGCCAUGGAGCAGCUGCUGUUGUGUGGGGCAAAUCCCGGAUGGCGCAAUCACCCCCGAUGCUGCAGAGCUGCUCGCAGCUUUCUUCCUCUCUUCUUGCAAAGGCAGAUGUGAGGGAAUGCUGCCAGGAACGCAGCACUCACUCCUCUGGUCUCCCCAGCAGCUCUGGGGCUGCCAUUGAGUUGUAUUCUACCCACUACCUCAGCAGCACCUGCCAGGGCCGGGAGUCCUGUGGCUGGGGGGAGCAACGUGUCACAGUAGCCAGGCCUGAAGGAGCAGGAGGACAAAGGCAGAAGCAAGUAAUCUACACUUUUUUUUUUUUUUUUCCAUAAUAAAAGUGUUUUGUUUUGUUUUUUUAAA